AUGGAGUCGAUUUCACUAGUUCCAGCUAUUGAGAAUCUUCUGCAGCAUCCCGAUAAGGAAAAGAAAGCAGAAGGCUUAGAUUUGAUUUCACAAAACAUUGGCCUAGUUGGAGGGUUCUUAUCCGAUGUAAUUCCGCAUCUAAAGCCUGAAGAUCACCCAGAAAAAGCCGAAUAUGUUCAUUUAUUGCUGUCCAUGGUUUGUUUCUACACCCAGCGCUACAAUGAGUCCGUCAACCAUGCAAUCUUAGCUAAAGAUGUCUGGCAUAGUGCAGCUAAGGAUCACGAUAAGUCUGUAAGCCUAUACUUUGAAGAAUCACGCCAUCGUUUGAUUAGGAGGUACAUUGAAACAGCUAAGGAAGAAAGGAACGAAGAACUUUCUCAGUUUAUACAGGAAUUAGCUGCCCAGGAAAGUCCUAAUAGUUACUCUUUACUAGGUCUCUUCCUAGUAACUAAGGACUUGGCGGCGAUUGAAAGGUUUCUGCGUAGUGGAGCACACGUUCUGGAAGAGUCUUUGGCUCCUGAGUUCAUUAUUGAAGGGGCUAAGCGCGAACGGUUCUAUCGGCAAUUACUGAGUGUUCUAGCUAGUAUUUGGGAGGAGAGUCCUAAGGAAACCUAUUCUUUGGUCUUUUUUAAGGCUUUAGCUGAUGCCUACUUAGUCAAUCGUAGUGAAGAUAAGUUAGUCGCUUUGAUUAACUAUCUGGCGGAACGGCGUAAGGAAGCGGCUUUGUUUGUGGCUUUCUUAGUGCAUGAUAAAUCGCCUGUCUUAUCACAACGUAUUGCUGGACAGGCGAAAGAUGCCCAAGCCCAUGCUCUACUUACGGGUAAGUUCCAAUCAGAAGUCUACCAGCGAUUCUUAACCGAUAAGAACAACAUUAGUUUUAGUUUACUUUCCGAUCUAUCAAAAUCACAAAGUUCUAAACUAUCAAUGAAUCAUAUGUCAUUGAGUUUCUGCAAUGGGUUUAUGAGUGGGAAAACGUGCAAUGAUACUUACUUGCGUAAGAAUUUAGAGUGGAUGAAACAGGCUAAGAACUGGUCUAAAUUUGUAGUGGCAUCGUCCUUUGGUAUGAUUCAUACGGAUAGUGAGGAUCCAUUUGAAGUACUCAGACACUACUUGCCAAUGGCUUCAAUUGUUGAUACGGAGAAGGACGAUCCAGAAAGUGGCGGGGCUUUGUUUGCUUUGGGUUUGAUUGCAGUGAACUCACCAACUAUUGCUGAUAGUUUCUUAGGGUCUUUCUUUGAUGCCGAGUCGAAAAGCAGCCGGAGUAAUGUCUUGUAUGGAGCCUGUCUGGGUUUGGGUCUAACCCGACUGGGCACAGCUGAUACUGAGACAAUCAACAAAUUCAAAAACAUUCUUUAUUCCGAUAAUGUCACUGUUUCUGAAGCCGCUGCUUAUGCCAUUGGUCUAACUACAGCUGGUAAUUUUGAUCUGGAUUUAGCCCGGGAAGUUUUGACUUAUGCCCGGGAUACUGAGCACGAGAAGAUUUCACGAGCAGUUGGAGUGGGCGUAGCCCUAAAGUGCAUUGGGAUAGCUUCUUCUGAACCUCCCCAGGCCUUUUCCCAACUACUGGAUGAACUGCUUGGUGAUAUCAAUCCAAUCAUUAGAUACUCAGGUGUACUUUCCUUUGGAGCGGCGUACGUAGGUACUGGUGAUUUAAGUGCAGUUAGGAAACUCUUAUCGGUGAUUAGUACAGACUCUUCUGAGGAUGUCAAGCGAAUUGCUGUCUUUGCCAUUGGUCUGAUCUUAUCUGAUCAGUCGGGCUCUGGGUGCUUGCUAGAAGAGGAUAAGACCAGUGAACUAUGCUCAGUGCUGGAGCCUUUGGCCCAAAGUCAUUCGGCUUAUGUACGGGCGGGUGUAGCUUUAACUCUAGGUAUGUUCCAAGUCGGUUCUGGGUGCAAGAAGUCCUUAGCUUUGAUUGAAACGCUUAUGUACGAUACGACGACUUAUGUCCGGCAACAUGCUAGUAUUGGGGCCGGCUUCUUACUUAUGCAGCUGAACAUUCGUGAUGACCCAGUCUUUAAGCGCGUGAUUGAGCACAUGCACAGUAUGACCAGACGGAAGAGUGAAAGUGGAGCAGCUCGGUUUGGAGCUUUACUAGGCCGAGCUAUUCUUGAUGCCUGUGGACGCAAUGGAACCAUUAGUAUCUAUGGGAUGUCAAGAGAUAUUUCAGUUAAAAGUGUAUGUGGGGCCAUUCUUUUCUCGCAGUACUGGUACUGGUACCCGGUUGUACCUUUUAUUACGUUGUGUAUGCGGCCGACUUUACUGCUGGCGGCAGAUACGAAUCUUAAUAUCUUGGAGGACUUCCAGGUUGAGGUGGAAGGACCCAGUACGCCUUUCAAGAUGGAGUCUGUUCUGCCUAAUGAGCAUGCCAAGUCGCACAAGAAGUUCAAGAUUAUUCCUCUGGCGGGUGAAAAGCCACAGGAAGAGGUUAAGGAGGAGGAGAAAGAAGUAGUGGUGGAGGUAGAGGAAAAGUCGCAUGUGGUUAAGAACAACGAGCGGUUUACUACUUUACAGCAGAAACGGUCCGGUUUAGCCGAUCAGCCUUCUAUUCUUUUCUUCCCAGCGGCAUCGCAAUCUAAUCCGGCUAACAAUCAAUAA